AUGGUACGAGCAUUAAAACAUCAUGAGAAGAAACUUCUUAAGAAAGUCGAUUUCCUCGAUUGGAAACAAGAUCAAGGUCAUCGUGAUACUCAAGUGAUGAGAAUGUAUCAUAUUCAAAAUAGAGAUGAUUAUCAUAAAUAUAAUAAGAUUUGUGGAUCAAUAAGGAAAUUAGCUCAUAAAUUAUCGUUAUUAUCUCCAACUGAUCCCUUCAGAAUCAAACAUGAACAAUUAUUAUUAGAAAAAUUAUUCAAUCUUGGAAUAUUAGCUACCAAAUCAAAGAUAUCAGAUUUAGAAAAUAAAGUUACUGUCAGUGCAAUUUGUCGUAGAAGAAUAGGGAUAGUAAUGUGUCGUUUAAAGAUGGCUGAAACUGUCACUGAUGCUAUAACAUUCAUAGAACAAGGUCAUGUUAGAGUGGGACCUAAUGUUAUUACUGAUCCUGCUUAUUUAAUAACGAGAAAUUUAGAAGAUUAUUUAACUUGGGUUGAUUCUUCAAAGAUUAAAGCUAAUUUACUUAAAUAUAAGAAUAAAAUUGAUGAUUUUGAUUUGGCUUAA